GACGGUGCCUGCAGCAGAUGAAAAAUCAGAUUGUCAGCAAAAGUACAAAGAUGGUAUCACAGUCACAAAACCUCUAGUUUGCUCAACAGUGUAGCCCAGUCCCUCAUCUACCAGGAGGUUUUGUCUCUGUGCAGGGCAGUGGCUGUGUGUGGAGGGAUCUUCUGGUAUACUGGAAGGAACUGGGAAAGCUCUUUGCUCUGCUAAUUUCGUGGUGUAAAUGAGUUCCCCUUCUCCUGAAACAUUAGCCUUGUGUUAGCAAAACAUAAAAUAGAAGGGAACUCAUUACACACUGUUCUAAUGGUAAGGCAGAACUAAUAAGAGAAUGUGUUUAAAAUUAAUUGUAGGACUGUAAAAAUGAGUGGGUGUGUGAAUGGGCAUGGGGGGAGGAGAGGGAGAGCUUUGAGAUGGUCUUGUUUUCCCAGGAGCCAGCCUGGAUCAUUUGUUGGCAGUACAUAUUGGCUGAAGUCAGUUUUCAUUUCAAGCAGAUGUUUUCUUCCAAUGGGCUUUGGGUGUAGGAUGUUGGAAAACCAAGAGCUGGAGGAGGUGAUCACUGUGCGUGUUCAGGACCCCCGCGUGCAGAAUGAGGGCUCCUGGAAUUCUUAUGUGGAUUAUAAGAUCUUUCUCCACACCAACAGCAAGGCCUUCACUGCCAAAACGUCCUGUGUGCGUCGCCGCUACCGUGAGUUCGUGUGGCUGAGAAAGCAGCUCCAGAGAAAUGCUGGUUUGGUGCCUGUACCUGAACUUCCUGGGAAGUCAACCUUCUUUGGCAGCUCUGAUGAGUUCAUCGAGAAGCGGCGACAAGGUCUGCAGCACUUUCUGGAAAAGGUCCUGCAGAGUGUGGUCCUCCUUUCAGACAGCCAGUUACACCUCUUCCUACAAAGCCAGCUCUCGGUGCCCGAGAUAGAAGCCUGCGUCCAGGGCCGAAGCCCCAUGACCGUAUCUGACGCCAUUCUCCACUACGCUAUGUCCAACUGUGGCUGGGUCCAGGAAGAGAGGCAGGGCUCCUCUCACCUGGCUAAAGGAGACCAGCCAAAGAGUUGCUGCUUUCUUCCCAGAUCCGGCAGGAGGAGCUCUCCCUCACCACCUCCCAGGGAGGAAAAGGACCAUUUCGAGGUGUGGGCUCCCGUUGUUGACUCUGAAGCUCCUUCCUUGGAAAGCCCCCCUCUCCUUCCCUCCCCCUCGCCAUCAUGCUGUGAUUUUACAAGACCUGAUGAGGACGCCUCUGCUCCUCAGCCUGUGAGGAGGGCCGUGGGAGGGGACCGUGCGGUGCCUUUGGACCCUGGGCAGUUAGAAACGGUUUUAGAAAAAUGAGCUCUGGUCCGAGCGCUGGGUUCUGCUCCGAGGCGGCAGAGAAGAUGCCGGCAAGGAGGCUUGCUGGGGUGGGAAAGGGGCACAGGGUAGGUGUUGGGGAGUCUGGGCCACUUACUGUCUUAUGGUCACCUCUGCUCAGGUUGGUGGCAUAGAGGUCGGUCACCACAACUCCUCAGGCUUCCUCCGUGGGAUUAAACACUGGACGGUUUUAAGUUAGGCAUAAGGCCCACCAUGGGCUGUUGGUUUUGCACAGAAAUAUGUGGUGUGUUUACUCUCCUGGGAGCUGAAUUGCUUUAGAUGUUUGUUAACGGGAGCGGGAGCAUUGCCUCAGGUUGACUGGUUUGGGGGGACCUGCAAGUGACCGCUUUUAAGCUGUCCUGUUGAAUACUGACCCGAUGGAAAUGGUUGUGUAAUCGUAUUCCCACUGGCGGGCUUCUUGCUGCGGCCCUUAGAGCACUUUGUUUCCGGGAGGCUGGCCUCUUGCCUCCCUCCUUUUGUGGCCAGGGUGGUGAGUGUUUGUUCUCCCACCUCCUUGCUUCUCCUUCUUGAACACCACUGAACCCACCGGUGCUGUGACUCCCGUGGCUGGGGGUUCCCGCCUCUCCCCAGCCCUCAGCCUGGCUGUGAGGGGCCCUAGAUCCAUGAC